AUGUCAUCUAACAGUAUUUCUCGAUUAUCUGAUUCAAUUCUUCAUCGAUUUUGUUCUCAAAUUUUACCUGCAAUUAGUUAUAAAAUCAAUUGGCUAAAAAUUGAAGUAUCAUCGAUAGAACGUAUUUUACUUCCUCGAAAUUAUCCGAAUUUAUUUGGUCUUGGUAUAUAUAAUAUUGAAAGAGACGAUGAUAUACGUUUCUUGAAAGAAAAUACUUUUAUGCAAAGAUUUAAAAAUCAAAUCUCAUCACUUGUGAUUAAAUCUGUUGAUAAACUAGAUACAUCAAAGAAUGUUAAUACACAUUUGUUCGCGUAUAUUUUUAAUACUUUAAGCCACUUACGAUAUUUCAAGUUUGAUUCAUUACUUUUCUAUGAUCAACGAAUGGCAUUCGUAUAUUCACCACCAUCUAUGUUUUCUUCAACUUUAUUAGAACUACAUGUCAAAGUUGAUUCUUUUACUGAUUGCCUUUACUUACUUGAUGAUCGUUUCGAUCAAUUUUGA